CAAUGAAGAGGGUGGGGCAUGAAAAGACGCACUCUUUGGCUGCGCUUCGCGUCAUCUCAACCCAAAGAAUUUGCUAUAGAAGGAAACCGAAGAGUGGACCUACCGUUUUCUAUGAAUUUGGUCUGCACACGAAGUACUGUCUAGUAGCUACAUUUGUUAAUAUGGCUUGUUUUCUGUGUUUAUUGUAAAAGGUCCCGCGCGCAAGAAAAGGAAUUUAAUCAACGAUUUUUGCGUUGAGAUUGCGUUGUUUGUUAAAAUUGUGACGGUAUGCAGACAGGAUUUGUAAUUUGAACACUGUAUUCGACAGUACUUUUCCGAAGGGAUAUACAUGUUUUACUUUGGCACCCAAGGAAUGAUUUGAAUCCAAUCAAAAUGGCAUCGAUUUAAAGAUUAUCUUCAUUUUGGGAGCUACCGCUGAGCAGAACCACCCAGGCACUGAUACACUGAAGUGGUCAGGUUUUUCCUAAUCAGAAUCCUGCUUGGGAGAUGGAGGUGAUUCGUCGCUCUUCUGUGUUUGCAGCCGGGGUGAUGGAGGCCUUUGAUCAUUCCCCGUCCGACAAAGAACUGGUGUCCAAGUCCAAGGCACUGUGUAGGGACUACAUACACUCUAGGCUCAACCUCUAUGGGCUAGGCUCGUCCAAAACUCAGGUGGACUCAACGCUUUGUGAUGUGGCUGCUGUGCUUCUCUGUCUCGGUGAUGAGCUGGAGUGCAUGCGGCCCAGUGUCUACCGGAACGUGGCGAGACAGCUCAACAUCUCAGUAGCCAUGGAGACCAUGGUUUCUGAUGCCUUCGUUGCCGUGGCAACAGAGAUAUUCGCAGCAGGUAUCACAUGGGGGAAGGUGGUAUCUAUGUAUGCCGUGGCUGGGGCUCUGGCGGUGGACUGCGUGCGACAGAACCAGCCAGCUACGGUCCAAACCAUAGUGGACAGCCUGGGCCAGUUUGUCCGCAAGAACCUAGCCCCUUGGCUGAAGAAACGCGGAGGAUGGACGGACAUUAAGAGGUGUGUGGUGAAGUUAGAUGCCGUUCCUCAGACCCAUUGGCUGUCUCCCGUUGCCCAAUCCUGCAAGCACUUUCUAUCAACACUGUACAUCUACAUUAUGAAGGAGCCAUGAAAGACUUGGGAGAAGAAUUCAGGUUGAAAGAACACACCCUUGAAGUCCUGACGCUUCAGUCAGACUUGAUGAUGGAACAUGAUGGAAGAUUGAUGGCUGUCUAAAGUGACUUUCCUUCUUGCCAAGUACAAGUCACAGUAUCACAUUUGUACAAUCAUCAAUAUCAAAACAAUGACUGCUCUUCUUCCAAAGAGUAGUCAAUUUCAUAUGGGUAGUUCCACCAAUUAGGUGCCCUAUUUAGUGCGACCUAAAUUUCACAUUGUCAUUAGAGCAGAUGAUCAACUUAACAAUUCCACCCAAAGUCUUGGUAUUUGUUUCAUGAGUCCAUUGUUGACAGUUCCAAAAUGUUUUGCAUGUCAGCAAUAAAGUUUAAGAUGUAUAGCUUUCCAAAUACAGAAAUAUAGCCGGUAUGAUGCAUCAGACUAGAAGUCAAAAUGCAAAAUUUUCACAUGUAUUUUGUUUAAUUUUCCAUGUGGUCUAUAUUAAAGGGCACGUCAUUUAAUAUAAUAGGCUUUGAAAAUUAAAUUUGCACAAUUUCUACUUAAAAUCAAAGGGACGCAAAAGGAACUUAUUUUGUGGAACGACUCAUACGCUUCAGAUCAACUUUUGCUUAAAGUACUUGUACAGAACCAUGUAUCUUUCAGUGUCGUAAUGCAUUUUCCACUGUGUUGGAGUACUGUGGUAGGCAUAUCAUCUCUGGGACUUUACACUGAAGAAAAUGGACAAAGCGAUAGCAUUUGCUCUAUGGACAAUAAAUCCAAUUGUUUUGCUGCACCACUGUAGAGGACAUGAAUUGUAUGAUGAGCUAUUACUGUUGUGGGAUGCAACAGUCUAGCCAGGCUUUGCACACUUUACAGUGCUGUUGAUCUCAGUGGUGUAUUUGCUAGGAACGAAACUGGGAGGGUCAACCUUGCAUUUGUCGCAAUGUUUUGCUACGGUGUGCACUAAUGAAUACUCUCCCAUUGAUUACAAGACAGAAUGAUGCCUUUGGGGGAUAUUUUAGAAUGUUGGAUAUUUUUAAACCUUACUAAUGUAUUUUAUUCAGAUACUGUAGUGAUGAUUGAAUCUUAAAGUAUCUUUCCUGUGGUCCAGUAUUUACUUAUUGUGCUGUAUAUACUUUCAUAUGCAAAAUAAACUUUUAAACACUAUCGCGAUAA